GGGCCGAGCUUCCUCACUGCCAGCCAGACGUUCCAAAGCGAGCCGAUAGAGCGGUUAGCUUUAGACGACGAUACCCUCCCCAAGCUCGGAAGGUAGCUCCUAGCUGGUACUUGUUAGCAAUGGCCGUUGCCGGCGCCCUCUUCCUCCUCUUCAGUCUCCUCGCCCGGGAAGCCGCGGCUGGCGGCUACGGCGGGUGGCAGAGCGCGCACGCCACGUUCUACGGAGGCGGCGACGCGUCCGGCACAAUGGGCGGCGCGUGCGGGUACGGCAACCUGUACAGCAGCGGGUACGGCACGAACACGGCGGCGCUGAGCACGGCGCUGUUCAACGACGGCGCGGCGUGCGGGUCAUGCUACGAGCUGCGGUGCCAGAACGCGGGCGGGUCGUGCCUGCCGGGCUCCAUCACCGUGACGGCCACCAACUUCUGCCCGCCCAACUACGGCCUCCCCAGCGACGACGGCGGCUGGUGCAACCCGCCGCGCCCGCACUUCGACAUGGCCGAGCCGGCCUUCCUCCACAUCGCGCAGUACCGCGCCGGCAUCGUGCCCGUCGCAUUCAGGAGGGUGCCGUGCGUGAAGAAGGGCGGCAUCCGGUUCACCAUCAACGGCCACUCCUACUUCAACCUGGUGCUGGUGACCAACGUGGCCGGCGCCGGCGACGUGCGGUCCGUCUCCAUCCGUGGCUCCCGCACCGGGUGGCAGCCCAUGUCCCGGAACUGGGGCCAGAACUGGCAGAGCAACGCCUUCCUCGACCGCCAGGCGCUCUCCUUCCAGGUCACCGCCAGCGAUGGCCGCACCGUCACCAGCACCAACGCCGCCCCCGCCGGCUGGCAGUUCGGACAGACCUUCGAGGGCCGCCAGUUCUGAAGACGUACGGACGCGUGCUCUUCAUCCAUCAGCUUCUUCGUUCUUCUCCGACUCCGACCUAUCGAGCGCCGGCCGCAACCAGAGCGGAGACACACGGUGGAGAGGCCGGGAUACCAUCAUCAUCAUCAUCAUCAAGCUAUUAAUUAAUCGUCAUUGGAUAAUUUUUUUUUUUGCGUUUUGCGUGCGUGAUGCAUGGGAAAGACGAGGCCUCUUCGAUUUAUAUUGAAGAAGCGAAGAAGCUCUGCGCUAUGCUGAGGCUGCUAAUCUAGCACCCGCCUAGGCGUUUUCUUCUCUGGACUCCUCCUCCUAGUACUGAUAGUGUACUUGAACAAGAAAUAAUUGUGAUUUAUUUUCGAACCUUCAUAUUGCUGGUGUACUUGUACUCGCACCGGCCUUGCGCCGGAAUUGAAAACCGCAAGGCCGCCAUUGCUCUGGCUAGCUUUAUUUGUU